AUGUUUAGUUCUUGUGGGACAAAUGAAUGUAUAGGUACAAAAAUACAAAAAUAUCGUUUUUUAAUCAAAAAUGGCAAUGAUAUCUUAGAUUCUGGUUAUAAGUGUCGGUCGUCCACAAUCCCUUACACAUUAUGUUAUACUAAUGGAACUUUGAUACAAAAUACGAGCAUAUUCACACAAAAAGAGCUAUUUGAGCAGUGCGAUAAUGAUAGUUUUGUCGGAAGUAUAAUACCGUGUAAAGAUGAAGAUGAACAUCUUCAACAAUAUACAUCUCCAACAACAGCUCAACGUUACGGUUAUGGAUUUUUAGCCGUGUUUAUAGUAUCUGCUUUGUCAUUGAUUGGUUUACUCGCAUUUCCAAUACUUUACAAAGCAUCAUUUCAACAUACCCUGGCAUUAUUUACAGCAUUAGCCGUGGGAACAUUAUUUGGUGAUAGCAUGUUUCAUUUAAUACCAUUUGCUCUUAAUUUACAUGGUCAUGAUGAUCAUAAACAUAGCGAGGAGGGACUUCAAGUACCAGAUCAUGUGUGGAAAAUGUUAGCAGCCGUGAUGAUUGCAUAUGGGUUUUAUUUACUGGAAGUAUUACUUCACGCAUUUGCUCAUUACAAACACAAAAAUAAUUCGGUUCAUUUUCAUGCCCAUGGACAUUCACAUGGUAUUCCACAUCAUCAUCAUUCUCACAAAAACGGUGAAGUAUGUGAAUCCUUACCCGUUGAUGUCGAUGCCGACUUGGAACAUAGUCAUCAGUUACACAACCAUCAUCAUCACAAUUUACACCAACACGUAUCUAAUGAGAUUCAUAGUACUCAUACUCCUGUGGUGACAACUGGCUCAGAAACUGUCUCGGGAGGAUGUGUGCCGUGCGUGUACAGUACAGAUUUACAACCAGCAGCUGCAAUUAUAAGACAAAACUCAGUAACAAGAAUGGUUUCCGAUACGGAUAAGAAUGAAGUUGAUAAAAUGAUUUCAAAUGAUGGAACUAAAGCAACUGUCAAACAAAUUAAAUGUAAGUUGACUGAAUUCCUCUCUCAAAAAAAGAUAUUUGUAUUGAUAACUACAGAAUCCACUAUAGUCUCCAUCAAUGUACAACCAGCAGCUACAGUUAUAAGACAAAACUCAGUAACAAGAAUGGUUUCCGAUACGGAUAUGAAUGAAGUUGAUAAAAUGAUUUCAAAUGAUGGAACUAAAGCAAUUGUCAAACAAAUUAAAUCAAUCAAAGCAACGGGUUGGAUGGUAUUAAUUGGAGAUGGAAUUCAUAAUUUUGCAGACGGCUUAGCUCUUGGUGCAGCAUUUUCACAAGAUUUGAUUCUUGGCGCAACAACCACAAUUGCUGUUGGCCUUCAUGAGCUUCCACAUGAACUUGGUGAUUAUGCUGUUCUUAUUCAAUCUGGUUUUAGUCAUUAUAAAGCGGUCUUAUUUAAUUUUAUUUCAUCGCUAACUUCAUUUAUCGGAUUUUUCAUCGGUGUUGCAUUAUCAGAUAACGAAGAAUUUCGACGAUGGAUAUUUGCGUUGACCGUUGGAAUGUUUCUUUAUAUUUCACUUGUUGAUCUUUUGCCAACAUUGUUACCCGAUGGUGAAGUGAAAAUAAAACGUUUUAUUCUUGUUAACAUUGGUUUUCUAUCUGGUAUAUUAAUUAUGCUCAUAUUAGCUAUGUUUGAAGAUAAAUUAAUUCAUUCACAUAAAUAUAAUAGAAAAGUUCAUCGAUAG